UCGCGCGCACCCUCGUACGCGUGCGCCGAGAACCCGGGGCUGUGUGGAGGGGAAGACCGGCCGUGAAGCGCCAUGCAUGUGCCGUGCCUUAGGUGGAGCCAGUGGGCCGGCCGUCGACUCGCGCAGUACCCGCUCCGCGCCGCUCCGACACAGUCGCGCCACUUCGCCCGCUCGGCAACGCUCGCCAUGAUCAAGGUCGGAGACAAGCUGCCGGCGGCCACCCUCUUCGAGGGAUCGCCGGCCAACAGCGUCAACACGGCCGACCUUUGCAAAGGCAAGACGGUCAUCCUGUUCGGAGUGCCCGGCGCCUUCACGCCCGCCUGCUCCCAGAGCCACUUGCCCGGCUACGUGGAGAGGGCGGACGCCCUGAAGGCGGACGGCGUGGACGAGAUCGUGUGCGUGGCCGUCAACGACCCGUUCGUGACCGGCGCCUGGUCCCAGUCGCAGAAAGCCGAGGGCAAGGUGCGGAUCCUGUCUGACGCGAAGCGCGAGCUCACCUCGGCCAUGGGCAUGGAGUUUGACCUUGCCGACGUGCUGGGCACGAUCCGCUGCAAGCGCUUCUCCAUGCUGCUCAAGGACGGCGUGGUCGACUCGCUGGAGGUGGAGCCGGACGGCAAGGGCCUCUCCUGCUCGCUGGCCGACGUCAUGGCCAGGAAGCUGGCGAAGAAGUAGCGCAGCACUGUGAGCUGCCUCUGGGGGAGAGGCCGGGGCGCCGCGCCCGGUAUUAGUCCAGAGCGCCGCCGUGUUACCCUCACCUUGUCGCUGUCCCGCCAUCUGUGUCUCUGUUGAUGGGUGUAGCCCUGUGUCGGUUAGCAGGCAGAGACUGCCUUUUUGAAGGAAAAGUUUUGGGGAGCUUCUUCUGGGAUGGCGAUGUCCAGCAGUUUGCGUUCUCGGCGAAAGGUUCACGAGAUUCCUAAGUGGCAUUAAGUAUAUCAUCGAAAGGAACGUGUUUGCACCAUCCGGAAGAUAACGUCUGGGUCGGAGUUUCUGCCAGGUCUCGCUUUACAUGUUCCUAGUCCCUAAGUAAUUUGCCGUUGUAUUGCCGCCGUAUAACACCUCUCGCUCGUGGCUGUGUUGUAUUUUAGCUAUGAAGCGCGUCUGAAGAAUACACGCACUGGACAAGUCA